CUCUCCCUUGUCUCUCUCCUCCUCCUCCUUCUCCUCCGCCCGAUCGGCUAGCUCCGUCAGCUCCCUUACUUCUUCAGGAAUCUUUUGGUGUGGUAAUGCAGGUCCGGCGAGGUAGUUGAUGGGCACAUCCUCUGGUUCGAACAUCCACCACCAGAAUAACUCGUCUUCAAUGUUGCCUCCACGUCAGCAGAAUCCCCGCCCAACUGGACUGCACACCUCAUUAUCCCUCGUCCCUUCAUCGGAUCCUCGCUUGUCCCCAGAAGGUCAGGAGCCAAGGUCCAACUCCGAUAACCGCCGCGAGUCCCCUACAGAGAGUGCGAGUUCCCGGGAGACUUGGCCUACUACCGAUCCCUUAACGGCGUCCAAGAAGAUGGAGAGUAAUGGCAAGGCUGAGAACAGCAACGAUUGCCCCCCGGAGCAGUCUGUCAUUCGCCGCGUCUCCUCUGCUGAUAGGAUAUCUCUUCGCGACAUAGCUAGAGAGCGGGUCGAUGUGGUGGCAGAGAAGAUGCACAGGCUGCCUGAUGAGUUUCUCGACGAGCUGAAGAAUGGGCUCAGGAUGAUACUCGAGGGAAAUGGUGGGUCGCAACAGAGAGAGGAGUUCUUGAUUUUGCAGAAGCUUGUCCAGAGUAGGUCGGAUUUGACUGCCAAGACAUUGAUAAGGGCACACCGUCUGCAGCUAGAGAUCCUUGUGGCGAUUAACACAGGGAUUCAGGCUUUCUUGCAUCCCAACAUCAGCCUCUCACAAACUGCUCUGAUCCAGGUUUUUGUGUUCAAGAGAUGUAGAAACAUAGCUUGCCAGAACCAACUUCCGGCUGAUGAUUGCACCUGCGAUAUAUGCACCAACAGGAACGGGUUCUGCAAUCUCUGCAUGUGUGUGAUCUGCAACAAGUUUGAUUUUGAAGUGAACACUUGUCGGUGGAUUGGCUGUGACUUGUGUUCUCAUUGGACUCAUACUGAUUGUGCUAUUCGUGAUGGGCAAAUAUCUAUGGGGUUGUCUUCCAAAACUGGAGCUGGACCAGCCGAAAUGCUUUUCAGGUGUCGAGCUUGUAACAGAACGUCUGAGCUCUUGGGUUGGGUGAAGGAUGUUUUCCAACAUUGUGCACCUGCAUGGGAGAGAGAUGCUCUGAUGAGGGAACUUGACUUUGUCAGUAGAAUCUUCCGUGGUAGUGAAGACCCCAGAGGGCGCAAACUGUUUUGGAAGUGUGAGGAACUUAUUGAGAAGAUGAAGGGUGGGCUUCCAGAGUCUUCUUCUUGCAGAGCAAUAUUGAUGUUCUUCCAAGAGCUCGAUGUUGACUCACCAAAGAGCCUUGAAAAUGGUGAGGGUGGAAGGUUAAUAGCCCCACAGGAGGCAUGCAGCAGAAUAGCGGAAGUAGUACAGGAAGCCAUAAGGAAGAUGGAAAUGGUGGCCGAUGAGAAAAUGCGAAUGUUUAAGAAAGCCCGCAUGGGCCUUGAAGCAUGUGACCGUGAGCUGGAGGAGAAGGCCAAGGAGGUGACUGAGCUGAAACUAGAUAGGCAAAAGAAGAAGCUACAGAUAGACGAGUUGGAAAGAAUUGUGAGGCUCAAGCAAGCUGAAGCUGACAUGUUCCAGCUUAAAGCCAACGAAGCUAAAAGAGAAGCCGAGAGAUUGCAAAGGAUAGCUCUCGCGAAGACAGAGAAAUCAGAGGAAGACUAUGCCAGCAGUUAUCUGAAGCAAAGGCUGAGUGAAGCCGAGGCAGAAAAACAGUAUCUAUUCGAGAAAAUUAAACUUCAGGAAAGUUCAAGGCCGUCACAAAGCGGUGGUGGCAGUGGUGGGAGUGAUCCGUCACAGGUUCUGUCAUAUUCCAAGAUUCACGACCUGCUUCAUGGCUACAACGCAGGUCCGAAAUCAGACUCCCAGUUGAGUGAUCGCCACCACCAUUUCAGGACUAAUCCUUGAGAGAAAAAUUCCCGGCUUGUGGUCUCCGUCUCUUAUGUUAGCUUUCUAAGUUCUAACUAGCUAAGCUAGAGAAUGUUGCUCUUGCUGCAGAAGUUUGGAUGCAAUGCUAUUUGGUCGUGCUUGUGUUUAGUCUUUAACCUGAAUUCUUUUCGUUUGUCGGCGGUCUGUUCCUUUCUCCUUUCUUUGUUUGUUGUUGUGUACCUGUGUAAUCAGAAUAUGGAGUGGGAGAUCCUAUCGUUUGUUUAUAUUAACGUUAUCCAAUAUCCAUGUUUUGCAACAUGAAGACUAUUAUUAAUUUUUGUGAUUCAUUUUGAAACUUAUGUGAAUUUGUUUGCC